AUGGUUAACGCCCAAACGUACACUGAAAGAGCUUCUGCUCAUCCAUCGCCUGUUGCUCAGCGCUUGUUCAAGUUAAUGGAUAGCAAAAAAACAAAUUUGUGUGCUUCUGUUGAUGUGAAAUCUACUGAUGAGUUCUUGGCCUUAAUAGAUAAAUUAGGACCAUACAUUUGCUUAGUUAAAACACACAUUGAUAUAAUAGACGAUUACUCUUACGAGGGUACUAUUGUUCCUUUGUUAGCUUUAGCUAAAAAACAUAACUUUAUGAUUUUUGAAGACCGUAAAUUUGCUGAUAUUGGAAAUACAGUCAAAUCACAAUACUCUGGUGGUGUUUAUAAAAUUGCACAAUGGUCUGACAUUACCAAUGCUCAUGGUAUAACCGGUUCAGGAAUUGUUAAAGGUUUGAAAGAGGCAGCGCAAGAAGUCUCAAGUGAGCCAAGAGGUUUAUUAAUGUUGGCUGAAUUGUCAUCGAAAGGCUCUUUAGCAUACGGUGAGUACACAGAUAAAACCAUUGAAAUUGCCAAAAGUGACAAAGAAUUCGUUAUUGGCUUUAUUGCCCAAAGGGAUAUGGGUGGUUCAGAUGAAGGGUUCGACUGGAUCAUUAUGACACCUGGUGUUGGAUUGGAUGAUAAGGGUGAUGGUUUAGGUCAACAGUAUAGAACUGUCGAUGAGGUUGUUUCAACUGGAACUGAUAUUAUCAUUGUCGGGAGAGGCUUGUUUGGUCAAGGCAGAGAUCCAACUGUAGAAGGGAAGAGAUACAGAGAUGCAGGUUGGAACGCAUAUUUGAAGAAGACUGGAUCAUUGUAA